AUGACGGAUGCAUUCCCGGUUUUUACUCUGAAAGUUAAAGGAGCUGUACUGGUAGUUGGAGGAGGCGGAGGAGAGCGGGGAUUUGGCAAGGCAAAUGGAAUUACAGUCAUGUCGAGUGCAACGCUUGAAAGGAUAUGCAACUAUGAGACUGAGGAUAUCAUCCUGGAUAUAUCACUAUAUGACUAUGAGUCAAAAGACCGAAUCAUUGAGAUGGAUGACGACAUUACAUGGAAUGAAUAUGAUGACGAAACAACAGGAUGGUCAUCAAUCCAUAACGAUGAUGAGUCUGAAUCUCUGUCAAUAAAAGAUAAAGAAAGCACCUUCAUAAAAGAAGAUACUAUGUCGAUUAGGGAUGAGUCGAGCGUCAAGUGCGAAGAUAGGUCAUUAUCCCAGAGUAAUACUGUUAAUAGUUCAGAAAUUGAUAAAGACUUGGUUAAUGCAGACAAAACAGCAAGCUUGUAUUUCGCCUGUUCUGGAGAAAAGUUUUUCUAUAUGCUGAGAUUUGAUGGAGAGAAGAUCCUUCUGAUUAAGAAAGUAGGCAUAAGAGUGUCUUCAAGUGUUUUUUCUAAUGAUCUGUAUGUAAUAAGCAACAAGAAGUUGUACGGAUUCCAUAAUGUGAUAGAUAAUCCUAGCAUAAUCAAUAGCAUUUUAGAUCCUGAAAAGCCAAAAAAGGCAGAAUCGACAAUUGGUGAUGAUCUAGAGAAGAAAUAUGUAUGCAAACCAUACAAAAAUGGAAAUAAAAUUGCAUUUAAGCAGGACAAUGGUAAGUUUUGCAUAACAAAUAAUUUGGAAGGAAUGUUCAUUACGCCAGAAGCAAUACACAAAGUUGUUUUUGAAGAGGACAAGCAUACUUUUGUUUUUAACUCAAGGAAGUACAUGUAUGACAAAGAAAUCGGCAAGAUAGCGUAUAGAGAUGGAGAGAUAGCAUACUACCUGAAAGGGCGAGAGUCUGUAUUGUAUUUUCAAGGAAGUCACGAAAGGUCUUAUAAGAUUCCGAAAAUCACGGCGUUUUCAUCAGAUAGAGGGUAUAUAACGGUUGGAACAGGAGACGGAUGCGUAUAUCUGUUUGAAGGACCUGUAUUUUAUGGAAUGAGAAGGGUAUGUGGAAUUCCCAUCACAGGAGUAGGAUUCAAUAAUGGAUGUGUUUACUUUUCAUCUCUAGAUGGGUUUGUAGGUAAGAAAAUAAUUUCGAAGAAAUGGAACCGGUAUUUAAUUUUAUCUAUCUUGAUUGUGCUUAUUCCAGUUCUUAUAAGUAUUUUUAUUAAAUAA